UCGAGAGCAGCCACCAUGAACCAUCCUCCCCAAACUUUCUUCACCUCUGCCAACGCUGGCCUCCCCCCAGACUAUGAGAGACUCAAAGAGGAACAUGAGGUGGCCGUGCUGGGGGGACCCCACGGCUCGGCUUCCAUGACGACCACCGUGAUCAACAUGCCCAGGGACAUCUCCCUGCCUGACCAUGUGGUCUGGUCCCUGUUCAACACGCUCUUCAUGAACUUCUGCUGCCUGGGCUUCAUUGCCUAUGCCUACUCUGUGAAGUCCAGGGACAGGAAGAUGGUGGGCGAUGUGACUGGAGCCCAGGCCUAUGCCUCCACUGCCAAGUGCCUGAACAUCUGCGCCCUGGUCUUCAGCAUCCUCACUGUUCUCCUGACCAUCAUCCUAGUCGUUGUUUUGAGCACCGCAGCACGGUGACCCUCUAAACCUUUUCAUAAGAUAAAGGAUUCUGAGGACUGCACGCCCUCCACUGCUGACCCCUCACCCUGGGCUGAGGCCCUGACCCACCACCCCAGGCUUUAUGCAGCCGUUCACACUCACACAUCUGUACACAGUGGAAAUCAAUA